AUGAGACUCUUGAGGGCAUCCUGCGUGCUUGCCCUAAUUCUCUUUGCAGGCAUCUACUUGGUCUCGAUGCUACUCAUACGUCUGACCCCCUCCUCACAGCGGGAUGGGGCUGCUGCGGCUGCUGCCGCGGUCAAUGGCUUGUAUGGGUCUUUGAGCUCUGGUUCCCGGGCGGCUCGUUCUGGUGCAGCAGCAGCAAUCAACAACAUGCCGCUCUUUGAUCUGCAAACUCCCGAGCGGCGCGCGCGUACGGUGGAGCCGUUCGAUUAUUCAAAGAUUAAAAAGAGACGUAAAUACGCUUUGGCGUCAUCAGUACAAACCGCAAAAUACGCCAAUUAUGCUGCCACAUUGGGCUAUUCAAUUCUUAAGCACAACGACGUGGAUGCACUGGACUUGGAGAUGGUGCUGCUGAUCCGUACAGACGGGAAAGAUGCUAUUACUCCGCAAAAUAUUACCAACUUAGAAAAAGUUGGCUGGAAUGUGCGAGAGGGUGAAGAACUCGAGUUUGAAGAAGUCAAGACUUCUGAUAUUCGCCCAUGGCAUCGACACAACUUUAACAAGCUGCAUCUGUGGACUUGGACACAAUAUGAAAAGGUGAUUUUUGUGGACGCAGAUGUGAUUUGCAAAAAUGCGUUUGCUGAUAUUUUACAUAUGCCUGGCGACAUUGCUGCAUCUCCGGACGUGUGGUCCAACAUUCUUGUGGACAACAGAUUCAACUCGGGCGUGCUUGUACUACGACCUAAUGUGGAUGAAUUCCGGGUACUGUCCAAGGCGGUAUCGGAUCCUAACAUGCACAAGCCUCGAGAGGCGGACCAGGCAUUCCUCAAUGCCUUUUACAAGUUCCGUUACUAUGGCAUGCCAUUCAAGUAUAAUCUUAACCUGGUCAUGGUGGCGCAUCACCGUGUUCACUGGGAUAGUUUAUGGGACGAGGCCGUGUUUGUGCACAUGACGGUCAAGAAGCCAGAGCCUGAUAAAUGGUGUUUGCCUGAGCGCAACUGUGCCGAGUGGGAGGUUAAUCGGUACUACCAGCAGGUCAAUAAGGAGAUGCAUGCCUUUUACGGGUUUAAGGAUCUUAUGGUUUAUGGAUGA